AUGGCUCCCGAUUUUGGUGCAACUUUUGUCCCCGGCGGCUUCGAUGAUUACUACUUGCCAGAAGUCGUGGCACCCUCGCCACAGAGAGUCACUCCUCAGGUGCCGCAGGCCAUGCAAGACGAUAUCCAACGAAUGGAGCUAGAAGCCGCAGAAAUUCCCUCGCGACGGGAAAGCGAUGGCGCACCACUCCAAGUCGGCGAGCCAUCAACAUCGCCGCAACCCUCGUACGCCGCCUCCGUAACUACUCAUGACAAGAGCAAGAGAACAAGAGAUUCUGCACAACAAUACGCUAGCGCUUAUCACAACGACGACUCGCUUUCGAGCCGCCUCGAAUCGAUAUCAUUGGAACGCGCCCCGUCCUUUUCCCCAUUUCCCAAAGUUACAGGAGACAACAUCCCACCCGCAGAUGAUGUCAAAGAAGAGAUUCUUUGGAGCUCGCGCAAGCAUGUCCUUCACUCUCAAAUCAUCGCCAUGCAGAUAAGCUGGGCCAGAGAUGUUCUCAACUGGGUGGAAAUAUCCGUCGACGCCGCCGCCCGUGAGAUUGCCGAAACGCCUCGUCCCUCGACCCCUCGCAUUGAGCACGAGCUCCGCGUUGACGCCAUGCAUGUUAUCAAUUACUUGGCCGACCAAGAGCACCCAGACGCGCUUUACCUGCGCUCCAAGUGGCUGGAAUUCGGGAAAUUCGGAAACAGAGUGGACAAGCGAGAAGCUUACAACGGCUACACACGCGCCUCCGCCCUUGGACAUGCUAGAUCCGACUACCGCAUCGGUAUGCUUUACGAGCAGUCCAAUGAUAUUUCCAAAGCCAAGGAACAUUACUACAAGGGCAUGAGCCUCAAAGACUCGGCUGCCCUCUACAGAAUGGGCAUGAUGAGUCUCUUGGGACAACAUGGAGAAUCUAAAGACUAUUCUGGAGGACUCGAGCGCAUUCGUCUUGCUGCUGAAAGUUCAGACGAAGAUGCUCCUCAGGGCGCCUACGUUUAUGGCAUGCUUAUCGCACGCGACCUACCCGAUAUUGCUCUCCCUGAGGGCUUAAUCCCGGCAAACGUGGAAACGGCUAGGAUGUAUGUCGAAAAGGCUGCAUACCAAGGCUUUGCCAAAGCACAGCUUAAGAUGGGCCAGGCCUACGAGCUCUGCCAGCUUGGCUGCGAGUUCAAGCCUGCGUAUUCGCUGCACUACUACGGUCUCGCCGCCAAGCAAGGUAUCCCGGAGGCGGCGCUCGGCGUUAGUCGUUGGUUCCUCUUCGGCCACGAGGGGACCUUCAAGAAGAACGAGGAGCUUGCCUACAAGUAUGCCCAAGAGGCUGCAGUAGCCAAACUCCCAACUGGAGAGUUUGCUAUAGGAUACUACCACGAGAUCGGUAUUCACGUCAACAAGAGCCUCUCUGAGGCGAGAAAAUGGUAUGAGCUUGCCGCUGGGCAUGGAAACACGGAUGCUAUUAGUAGACUGGAUUCACUCGACCAUGAUAAAACCCUGUCCAAGAAAGACCACGAAACAACAACGCUCACCAGGAUCAAGUCUCAACACGGUUCAAUGCGGGGAAAACGACCGGAGCGUUUUGCUCAAGUCCAGCCACAACACUUGCCUACGCUGAACGAGGGCGAAGGUAGCGGCAGGCGCUCCAAUGGCGUUUCUCCCAUGCCAUCUCCAGGCAUCAAGCCUACCAUCGUGUCCGAACACAUUGCCUUGCCUGAUGCAUCACGAGCUUCCGUCGUCGGCGGCCUCGAUACCACACCUCCAUUCAAUGUUCGCUUGGAUUCGCAGCCUGAUCGAGCGCAGUCUGCUGCACCAUACCCCGUUGAUGACCGGCCAGCACCACUCAAUGUAAGCCGGCCCAAGUCUAGCGCACCCUAUCCCGAGGAUGAACCCACCCUAAAGUAUAUUCAGCCCUCUCAAGGACCUGGUCCCCAAGCCGACCGCCCAAUUAGUGGUUUCGGCAUUCGCACGUCUAGCGCUGGCGCUGUGCCCAUCCAUCCACAUAAUCACAGCCUUUAUCCCACAGGACAGGCCAAUGUCGGUCGUGGGCAACCUGUAUCGGGAUCUGGCGGCCAUCGACUACCUCCUGCUGGUGCUCAUCAAGGUGACAUGAACUACCAGCGGUCGUCCACAACACAGCCCUAUCCCAGUGAUGCCUCGCCUUCCAACAAUUUGCCAAGACAAUCUCGUCAAUCAUAUGGAGGUAUUCCUCCUGCUGGCUCGCAGCACGGGUACGAGUUCGGCGCCCGAACCAGCUCUCGGCCUCAGCACGAUGCCCCGCCGCCGCCGCAGCACAUGUCCCAGCAGACAUACACUCCACGCCUUCCUCUCACCGCCAUUGGCAGCACCGGGAGACCGGACAGAUACGGCUCUCUGCCCCCUCAGGAUCCCAGGCAAUCGAGAACACCCACAGGGCUGGGUUCACCAGACCCGUCGCGCCACGGCCGUGUACCAAGUCCCGGACCUGGCGCACCUUUGCAGGGCAGAGUAGGCACGGCACCGCCUGGAGGCUAUCGGCCUCUGCCGCCUAAGGUUGAAAAGCCUUCUACGUCAACGCCCAAACCCAGCAAAGGCCCCGCUACUUUUGAGGACAUGGGUAUCCCCCAGGGUAAACAUGAUGGUGAUUGCGUUGUCAUGUAA